UUCCGGUGGGCCCCAACAAAGGGGCGGGGCUCUGUGACGCACACGUGACGCACGCAGGGGUAUAAAUAGUCGGCGGGCUGCGGGCUCUCCCACAGGAGCCGCCGGCGAGGGGGCAAAGAGGAAGCUUUAUUGAAGCCGGAGAGAAGUUGAAAUUACAGACAUCCUGCCAAAAUGAUUUCUUCAAAGCCCAGACUUGUUGUACCCUAUGGCCUCAAGACUCUGCUUGAGGGAGUCAGCAGAGCCAUUCUCAAAACCAAUCCGACAAACAUCACCCAGUUUGCAGCAGUUUAUUUUAAAGAACUCAUUGUGUUUAGAGAAGGGAAUUCAUCUCUGGAUAUAAAAGAUCUGAUUAAACAGUUUCAUCAGACGAAAGUAGAGAAAUGGGCAGAAGGAGCGACAUUGGAGAAGAAAGAAUGUGUAAAGGAAUCAGGAAGAACACCUCCAGUUUCCUGCGAACCUACACGGAUGGAAAAAUCCACAGACACAGAGGAGGACAAUGUAGCUGGACCACUAUUUAGCAACAAAACCACCCAGUUUCCAUCAGUUCACGCUGAACUCCAGCCUGAGUCGGAGACAUGUGAAGGAGUUUGGGGUCCUUCUUCCAAACCAACCACGCCUAAGACUACCACCCCACCCACGUCACCACCCCCAGCACCUGUCUCCGCAGAGUUUGCCUAUGUCCCGGCUGACCCAGCUCAGUUUGCUGCUCAGAUGUUAGGUAAUGUCUCACCUACUCAUUCUGAAGUUUUAAUGGUGGACGUGGCAACAAGUACGCCCUCCGUUUUCCAGGAGGCGCUGAGUGCGGAGUUUGCUGAAGAAGUCGUGGUGUCUGCUCCUCUGGUGUGCUCUGGAGAGAUGGUAGCAGUGCAGGUUAUGAGCCAAACAUCUGUGCAGGCAGUUGUGGGUCCUAAAUCUAAGGCUGAACCAUCAAAGGCUUCCUCAGCCCCCUUGCAGGGUGAACAAGAACCUCCUGCUUAUGAAGCUCCUGACACUCAGGCUACAUCACCCUUUCACGUACCACCCAUAUGUAACGAUGUGCCUGUCGAUGAAGGGGUUGUCUAUGUUGAGCAGAUACCGGGAUUCAUAGUCAUCCCUUUUAAUGAUCAAGUUGCUUGUUCUAACGAAAAUGAGCAGUCGCCACCAGUUAGUCCCAAACCGGUAGAACCCAAGAACUCCUCAGGCGUGUCUAAGCUAUCUGUAGAUUCCUCAGUACACAUGGAAGCAGAAGCUACAGUUCUGCUCUCCAGCCCUGCUUUAGAUGGUCAGCCCGAGGGACUUGCAGAACCCCUGGAUGCAGAGGGCUUUGUCAAAAUAGCCUCUGAAAAAUCUCUGCACCUUGAAAUGGAGAUCGUUACCAUAGACCCUGACAAUCCUGGCCAGGAGGAGUCAGGGGAGAACUCUGCACCCUAUUCAUCUGGUGACCCUUUCCCUCCUGCGCCAGGAGGCUUUACUGAACCUGAAAUCCAACCAGAUGGGGAAGAUGCACCUGAACAGGUUUGAUGAACCCAGCACUAGCAACAAGCGAAGCAGGACAACCACCACCAUAUUCUAAUAUGUGGACACUUUAUUGUCUAACUGAUAUGAAUCAACAAAGUCGCCCAUCACCGCCACCUGCACUUGGGCCUUUUCCCCAAGCAACCCUCU